AUGUAUCCGAUAGUAUAUUGUCUUUUUUGUGUCUGCAUAGUUUCUGCUAUAUCAUUAGAAAAUGGUUACGUGUAUGAAGAACAAGUAGAAAUCUAUGAUAUCAGACGAUUUCGACGAGACAUGGAUCAGUUUCCAGUCGAAAAAGAAGUCCGUUUUACUUUCAAACACCAAAAACACCAUUUACGGUUAAAAAGGAACUUGAACGUAGAUAUAAAAAGACCUGUGUAUGUCUUGAGAAAUGGCAAAGUAGAACAGCAGACGGUUCCAAACAGAAAGAUCACCGUAUUUUACCAAGACAAAGUAAAGAAGGCGGCGAUCGCAUUAACCUGCAGAAGGAAAACGAUGGGAAAAUGCCAGCACUCCUUCAAAGGAACUCUGAUUAUUAAUGGUACCUACCAUGCAAUAGAACCUCUAGAAGUGCCCCGUCGUAGAAAUAUUCUACACAGAAUUUAUCAACCACCUGAAAGAGUAGAUUUUAAAUCUGAUUUCAUUUAUACAGAGGGAGGAAAACGGCCAAAAUUGUAUAAUCACACUGAAAAUCAGCGCUCUAAGCGUUACGUUGGCGACUUGAAGGUCGAGCUCUUCGUUGUGACAGACUUUCCUAUAUACAAUUUCUGGUAUCAAAGAAGCACACAGACAACAGCUGCUGGAAAGGACACCGAAGCCAAAGAAAACAUCCGCGAAUUUUAUGCCUUUACAAUCAAUGCUAUUGAUCUGAGGUACCAAUCUAUAACAGGCGUGACGUUUACCAUUAAAGUAGUGUACGCCGGUAUUUUGAUUGCAGAUGAUCCAAGUUCUUCUACAUGGACAGAGUCGGUUAAGAUCAGCGCUCCGGGUCGAGACCAGGUAAACUCAAACAGCGCCCUCAACAACUUCCGGACCUGGAUUUCAAGUGCUUCCGGCCUUCCAGGAUACGACCAUGCUAUGCUUUUCACAGGGUAUGACCUGACAAGUGGGGGAAGCACCAGUAAUGCUGGUUUAGCUUGGGUUAGUGCUAUGUGUACAUCUAGUAGCAACUCAAUCGUAGAGGACCAUUUUGACGCAAUUAUUGCAACUGUCGCAGCACACGAACUAGGCCACAAUUUGGGGGCCCCUCAUGAUGGUGAUGGGAAUUCUUGUUCAGCAGACGACAAGUACACUAUGUCUCCUAGCAGUGGUGGUGUCACUGAUUCACGUGCCAUUAACCAUUGGUCGUUUUCUUCUUGUUCCGUCAGUUACUUUGAACAGUAUAUCGCAGAUCUUGAUACGAGUGGUAACAAUUGUAUGUCAUUCCUUACCGCUAGUCACAACCCAACAGCCAUGGACAGCUAUCUGACAACUCUGGCUGGCCAGGUUUAUUCGAUUGACGAACAGUGCAGAAUCAAGAAAGACAAUUCCAGCUCAUUUUUCUGCAGGAAUUUCUUUUCGGAUCCCUCAGCUGUAUGUGCGUUUAUGUACUGCUCUAUUCCUGACGGAAGUGGGUACUGUUCUACUGCAGUACCAUGGGAAGGAACCCCAUGUGGAAACAAAAAGUGGUGUGUUGCUGGACAAUGUGUUUCAGACUCGCGCGCAGCAUCUGUUCCCGACACUUGUGUAUUCGGGGAUACCCCAGGGGUAAUUGCUAGUGGCAUGGACUGCACAACUUUAAUAUCUACUUUCCCGGGAUAUUGCUAUCAAUCAUUUUAUCUAGGGAAAUGCUGUGGAUCCUGUGCAGCUGCAUACAUUUCCUACAUCCCAGGAUGCGAAUAUGGAGAUCACAGUACUGGUUGUGUUGCUUCUUCGUGUUCAUCUUACAGCGCAGGAACACUGAGCGCUGGUUGUUGUGGCACUUGUUAUACAGGUACAACUCCAGAAACGACAACAACAACAACAGGACCUACUACAACUGCUGGACUGACGACUACACAAAAUCAAUCUUCAACAACAACAACAACCACUUUAUCCAGUACCUCUCUGAUGUCAUCUACCACAGCUCCCAUGACGUCAUCAUUCUCUUCUUACCCAACGUCAUCAACAACAUCCACAAUACCGACUACGGCAUCUUGUCCCGGAGACAAUCCACACAUUACAAUAAGUGGCAACAACUGUUCAGUUGCAAUUGCGGUUUCAAAUCACAACUGUUAUUCAUCGUCAAUUAAUACGUACUGUUGUGAAUCGUGUUCAUCGGUUUACACGGGAGUUUCAGGAUGUGAAUAUGGAGACAGAACAAAUUCCUGUGAUGUAGUGAACUGUCCUUAUUACGAUGACCAUUCCAGAGAAGUCGUUUGCUGCGAGACAUGCGGGAGCAUAACAACCGCUUCUCCUGGGUCGUGUCCAAACGGAGAUAACCCGUAUUAUACAGUCAAUGGGAUGAAUUGUUCUGCGGCGGCAAUGAGUCAAAGUUGGGUUUGCUAUGAUACAUCUAUUCAUGACAACUGCUGUGAAUCAUGUCCAACGGCUAACAUUGGGAUAACAGGAUGUGAAUUUGGAGAUAGGAGCACCAGUUGCGACGUAGCAAACUGUCCGUUUUAUGAUGCAACUUCCCGUGAUGUGACGUGUUGUUUAACAUGUAAUCCACAAACAACGACUACUUCUACCACUAUAUCUCCAACUCUUUCAACAACCACAACCCUCCCUCCAACUACCACUACUCCUACAACAACGACCACAACCCUUCCUCCUCCGACAACUACUCCUACAACAACGACCACAACCCUUGCUCCUCCUACAACUACUCCUACAACAACGACCACAACCCUUCCUCCUCCUACCACUACUCCUUCAACAACGACCACAACCCUUCCUCCUCCUACAACAACUCCUUCAACAACGACCACCACCCUUCCUUCUACUACUACAACUUCUACAACAACGACCACAAGCCUUCCCCCUCCUACCACAACUCCUACAACAACGACCACAACCCUUCCCUCUUCUACCACAACUCCUUCAACAACGACCACAACUCUUCCUCCUCCUACAACUACUCCUACAACAACGACCACAACUCUUCCUCCUCCUACCACAACUCCUACAACAAUGACCACAACCCUUCCUUAUACCACUACAACUCCUACAACAACAACCACAGCCCUUCCUCCUCCUACCACAACUCCUACAACAACGACCACAACCCUUCCUCCUCCUACAACAACUACCACAAUCCUUCCUCCUCCUACCACAACUCCUACAACAACGACCACAACCCUUCCUCCUCCUACCACAACUCCUACAACAACGACCACAACCUUUCCUCCUCCUACCACAACUCCUACAACAACGACCACAACCCUUCCUUCUACCACUACAACUCCUACAACAACGACCACAACUCUUCCUCCACCUACCACAACUCCUACAACAACGACCACAACCCUUCCUCCUCCUACCACAACUCCUACAACAACGACCACAACACUUCCCCCUCCUACCACAACUCCUACAACAACGACCACAACCCUUCCUUCUACCACUACAACUUCUACAACAACGACCACAACUCUUCCUCCUCCUACCACUUCUCCUACAACAACGACCACAACCCUUCCUUCUACUACCACUUCUCCAACGAUAACAAAUACAACUCCUUCUCCAGUCACAACAACGAUUUCAACAACUCCAAAUGACCCAAACAAAGGUCUUGGAAAUAAUCAUUCCUCAAAAAUUGUUUCAUCGCACAAAAAUUUACUAUUGUGCGUGUUGUUCAUUUUAUGCAUCUUUAGAAAGUGA